AUGUUGGCCAGUCGGUUAGUCGCUCCUACUAGGAGAAUUGCACUUACUCCUGCUAUUGCUCAAAGAUCCUUUUACAAUUCUGCUUUGAGAUUACAAGAGAAGAAACCUGUCUCUGGUCCUUCGGCUACUCCAGUUACUCCUCCUUCUCCUGUUCUUAAGACUGAAGCUGUAACUAAAACUGCUACUACUCCUGUUGCUACUGGCUCUGCUGGUACUCCUCCUCCCCCUCCUCCCCCAAGCCCAAAGAAGAAGUGGGGUUUCUGGAAGACUACCUGGAGAAUCACCUAUGGAUCUGUAUUUGCUACUUUGAUCUAUGCUGGAUGGUCAAUCUACGAGACCAGACACCCUAGAGAGAACCAAUCUCCUCCUGAUCCUACUAAGAAGACCUUGGUUAUCCUUGGUAGUGGCUGGGGUUCCGUUUCACUUCUUAAGACUAUCAACACUUCCAACUAUAAUGUUGUUGUUGUUUCUCCCAGAAACUUCUUCUUGUUCACUCCUUUACUCCCUUCCUGCACCACUGGUACUAUUGAACACCGUUCUAUCAUGGAGCCCAUCCGUGGUAUUAUUCGUAACAAGGAAUCUGAUGUCACUUACUAUGAGGCCGAGGCCACCAAGAUUGACUAUGAAAACCGUGUUGUAACCAUUCGUGACCACUCUACUGAAGAUAGCAAGGACGAGAGACAACUCAAGUUUGACUACCUCGUUGUUGGUGUCGGUGCCAUGAACUCGACAUUCGGUAUCCCCGGUGUCCAAGAUCACGCUUGUUUCUUGAAGGAAAUCCCUGAUGCUCAAAAGAUUCGUAAGAAGAUCAUGGACUGCAUUGAGUCUGCUUCUUUCAAGAACCUUGAUGAUGCUGACCGUAAGCGUUUACUUCACACUGUUGUUGUCGGUGGUGGUCCCACUGGUGUCGAAUUUGCUGCUGAGUUGCAAGAUUUCUUUGAAGAAGAUCUCAAGAAGUGGAUUCCCGGUAUUGCCAAAGACUUCAAGGUCACUCUUGUUGAAGCUCUUCCCAAUGUCCUCCCUUCGUUUUCUAAGCAAUUGAUUGAUUAUACUGAAAGACAAUUCAAGGCUGAAAAGAUUAGUGUUUUAACCAAGACUAUGGUUAAGAAGGUUACCGAAGAUACUAUUAUUGCUGAAGCUACCCGUCCCGAUGGUUCCAAGGAGACCCUUGAGAUGCCUUAUGGUCUUCUCGUUUGGGCUACUGGUAACACCGUUCGUCCCGUCAUCCGUGAUUUGAUGGCUAACCUUGAGGCUCAAAAGAACUCUCGUCGUGGUCUUCUUGUCAAUGAAUACCUUGUAGUUGAAGGUACUGAGGGUGUGUGGGCUCUUGGCGACUGUACUGCCACUAAGUAUGCCCCCACUGCUCAAGUUGCUGCCCAACAAGGAUCCUACCUUGGUGGUCUCUUCAACCAGCUUGCUAGAGCUGAGGACCUUGAGCAAGAAGUUCGCGCUUUGGAGGCUAAGGCUAGCCAAACAGCUGAAGGCUCUGCUGAGCGUAAGUCUAUCUUAUCGGAAAUCGAGUCUCGCUCUAGACGUUUAAGACGUUCCAAGUCUCUUCUUCCCUUUGAGUAUUCUCACCAAGGUUCCUUGGCCUACGUCGGUUCCGAUAAGGCAGUUGCCGACCUCACUCUUUGGGCUGAAGGUAACUUUGCCUCUGGUGGUCGUCUCACUUAUAUGUUCUGGAGAUCUGCAUACCUUAGUAUGUGCUUUUCCAUGCGUAACAAGAUCCUUGUCCUCACCGACUGGGUUAAGGUCAAGGUUUUCGGUCGUGAUGUCUCUAGAGAAUAG